AUGAACUAUUCCUAUGAAGAGUCAGAGGCUCUUAACCUGUCGCUCCUCGGGCUCUGGCAGUCUGAGACCUCAGUCGAUGAUGAAAAUGCCAGCAGGGAUCCCGUCUUCGACCCUGAACUGGUCAUUGCCCACUGCUUCAAGCAGUUCAAGCAGGAGGACUUCCACCUGCCUCAAAGCCGCCGGCGGAUCAUCAUCUUGCCUCAAAAGGAAGAUCCAACCCCCACCAAUCCAACACCACAACCUCAGGCUCUCCCACAACUCACCCCCAGCUUCAAAGCCCUGGAAGCAGGGGACAUCCGAGAGCCGCCGGAGGACUUGAGAACCUGGCUGAGCAGGAGGUUGAAGUUUCGGCAGGAACUGGAGUCAUUUGGCAACGUAAACAGGUGGCUGCAGAACAAGUCCAGCCUCACACCUUCAGAGGCCAGGAUAUUACACAUGAUCCACAAGGAGCGUGAGGCCCAGAUGGUGACCCAUCUGACUACUAACGGAGUCACCAAAAAGAAAUGCCUCCAACCUGCCCAAGAACCGGUGCCCCAGCUCCGACUGCCCAAGCCCUCUGCCCUCUUGGCCUUGUACUCUUACCUGCGCAGCCACAGGAUCAAGAUCCAGGAUAUAUUUAACAAGGUAGACCAGAGCAAGAACAAUAGGAUCUCCAGGGAGAAGUUCAUUAUGGCUCUGAAGACAGUUGGUAUCCCUCUGGAAAACCAGGAGGUAGAGGAUAUUGUGAUCUAUCUCAGCUCUCUGGGAAAGCACAACAGCAUCACUAUGGAUAUCCUGGCCAACACCUACAAGCAGUGGUCUUUGACCCAGCAGAGAACCUCCCUGUCAUCUACAAAGGAUUAUUAUAGGUCUGCCAAGCACAGAGUUUCCACACAGCAUCUGUCCAAGAAGCAGGUAAAUUUAGCCCCACAGUCUCCCAAGAUGGACCUGCUGACUGUACCUGUGGUUGACACCCAGAUGGAGGCAAGGCCCUUGACCCUGGAGGAGAUGGAGGACGUUGGAAAGCGGUACCGGGAGAGGAAGCGGCAGAGCAAGCUCACGAUCCCCUCCAUCCAGUACACAGAGCGGUGCCGCCUGGUGCGCAGUGGGAAUAAACAUUUUGACAACCACUGCCUCCCAUCCACCAUCGGUAGGAAGAUGGAUAGACUUAUCAACCUGUUCCGCGGGAACACCUUCCUGGUCUACCUGCAGUGCCAGAAGCUCUGUGAGUACUACAGACUCCCACUGACAGAAGACAUCCUCAUAAAAGCCCUGCUGUAUCCGGGGGACAAGAUCAUUUUCCAGAAGGACCAAGUGCGCCCGAUCCGGCAGCCAGGAGGCUACUACUCGGACUUUAUCUUCGGCCCAACUUCAUCCCAGCUCAGGUCUCUGGGCUUCAAAGAGCCUGUGGCUAAGAAGACCGACAAGAAACCACCAAAGAAAAUGCACUUUAAGGAGUUUGAGGAAUUCACCAGGAAGCUGAAGGUGAAGAGGCCCCGUGGUCCACAGCGAACCCACCCCAAUUUCUUCUGGCCGGGACACCUCCUGGACAAGCUGCAGCUCUACCUGCCUACUGUGACUAUGGACCGGAGUCUGGCACUAUUCAGUUGUGUCCAACAGAAGCCCCAUGCUUACUCAGCCACCUACCACUGCAACCACUGGUAG